AUGGCUGAGGUGCCAGUGCCUCCUUUGACCUUCGGCUCAAUAGAACUGCAGAGGAACGACCAAGUCGCGAGGCUUAGGCAGUCAUAUGAGGAUGACAAGAAGGAAAAGAGAAAGCGACAAGGCGAGGUGAGAUUGAAAAAGGCCAAGGCCUCCUUAGAUUUAGAGGCCAACGAGACUCCCGUGUUGACGGAGCUGCACGCGCUACAAGAUUUCGAAAAGGGAGACACCUUCUCUUCGAGAGUAAGCGCUGCUAUUGCCGCUAAGGGCAUGUUCGAGAAGCUUCAUGUGAUCGCAUGUCGCGAAAAAUUUGAUUUGCAGAACAUUGUUUUUCAAUGCGCAUGUGGAGACAAAGCCUGCGCGAAAGUGAGAAUACUUCGGCAGUCCGAUUCAAGCUGGAAGGUCACUUAUCUUACUGCGCGCAGGACACAUAGUUGUGUUUCCAAACCUCUUGUCUCCAAAAGGUGCACGAACUACAAUUCAGAAGAUUUCGCAGGCUUAAUUGCUAGUAAUGCGAAUAAGCACGACGGCAUCAAGCCGAAGGUCGCCAUACCACUCAUGCAACGCUAUAUCUAUAAGACUCUUAAUCCUAAAUCUUCGUUUGUACAGAGGGCAUGUGAAUUUGCACGAAACAUCAUAAAGCCUGGGGGUGAGAUGACCGAUCAAGUGGCAAACCUUCCUAUUGUCUGUGCAGCAUUUAGGAAAAAAGGGUGGACAGUAGAAUUUGAAACUGUUACUUCCAAAGAGAUGCAGAAGAAACUUUGUGAGGCAAUGAAAAAAGAGCAUGACACUAGUGAGCGGGCGAAAAAAAAAGAUGAUGCGAAACACAAGGUGACGUUGUUUAAAAAGUCGACGGUGCCAAAGUUAGAAAAGGAUGUUAAAUAUGUUGUCCAUAUCUCUAUAGCGCCACCUGGCUUGGUUACUUUGCACAACGCUUCUAUCCUCUCUAUAACUAGCUCAGAUUUUGCACAUGCAAAGGGAGCCAGUAUGAGCCAAUACGGGCUCAGAGUUUCAAUAGAAACGUCUCUGGGGAUGGUUAAUGACCUAAUGGCAACAUUGUCAUGGGGUAAUGAGAACGAGGAUGCGUGGAAGAUGAUGAAUGAAGCAACCAAAUCAGCUAUACCAGGUUUCGAUUGCGAAUCCCAGGUGGACAUCUUUGACGGUAGUAAAGGGGCCCUUAAUGCCCAUCAUGCUUGUUUUGAUGAAGUAAAGCUGUUUGCAGAUUCUUAUCAUGUAACAGAAAAUAUUAAAGACAAGCCAAGCCUCAGGGACAACCUGGAUCAGUACAUUUCCGCUCUCAAGGCCCCUACGGGUGUCCAACUAGCCAAAAAAUUGUUAGCCAUGGAUAGUGAUCUGAAAGAAUAUCUGUCUAAGAGAG